GUAAUCAUGAUAAAACAUUUUUUAAAAGCAGAAGUUACCUGCUGAUAUAGCCAAUAUGAACACAGUGACAAGGAUAAUCAAGUACUCAGACUUUCUGUAGAUGGAAGCAGGCGACAGACUCAGUGUUCUGGCCUCACCAGGAAACCACAAAAGUUCCUGUGGAAGUAAAGCGGAAUUUCAUCAGAACAUAUUGGGUGGAGAAGACAAAACCCAUCGUAGCUGUUAAGGCCCUGAUGCCAUGUAUGUCAAAUCAGUACCUUUGGAUGAUCAUGAAUUUAUUAUAGAAAGACAACAUGUACUCAUGUCCAGAAUGAUAAAAGCCAUAUUGAGGGGCCUGGGUCAAUUUGCUGAGAAUGAAAUUAAAGAAGUCAGUUUUAGAGCAAACUCUUCAUGUGUGCUAGCAAAAGUACAUGUGUGUUCUAGCUAUGUGGUUGGCUACACUAACAACUCCACAGAGAUUCCUGAAUUCCCCACUGCACCUAAAAUUGCAGGGGAACUGCUAAUGGCUGCCAACUUCCCAGAUUGUUAAAUAAGAUAAAUCUUAAUAAACUGUUACCUUCUUUCAGCAUUUAAUAGCUAUAAUUCAGUUAGUAAUUUUUUCAUGAAAGAUAUUUUGAUAAACAUUUUCACAACUUUG